AAUGAAGGUUAUAAAACUAACAUUAAGUAGGUAAUGUAAUUAGAAUUACUCACUACAAACAACAACAUCUGUGGUUAGUUCUUAACGAUCUACAGUAAAAGCCUCUACCUUUAAAUGCCACUUCACUUAUCAAUAUCGAUUUUGAUAAAAAAUUAAAUUAAAAUAAAGUAUUGCUGUUCUUAAUCGAGCAUUUGUUUAAUUCCUUGUUUGGAAUUAUCUAAAAUAAAUAUGUAAGUAGGUACGUAUAAGUGUACAAAAUCGAUAGUGCUCUAAUUUGAAACUCCUACUUGUUCUAUAAGUUGCAAGGUGUAAAGUUUGUGUUAGUACUGCUGGUGAAAGUUUUAAAGUGCAACAGAAUGUCCUUUGCAGCUCAGGGCACAUCUCGUACAAAUACCAUCAGUGGUGAAGGAAUAGAUAUUUUGAAAUCAUUGGACGUUAACAAGUAUGCCACAAAAAAGACCAUAGCACAAGGCCUUUUGGACGUAGCCCUUUUAACGGCAAACGCAUCGCAAUUGAAAUACGUCCUUCAAGUUGGUGAGAAGCAUGAAUUUUACACUCUGAUGCUUAGCCUCAUCACGAUUUCCAUUGUGCUACAGGUGGCUCAAGCAUGCCUGUGUGUCAUUCUGGGAACCUAUCUCAACAUCAACAAAGAAGGAGACCAUCCUAAUGCCAGUAAAGCUAACAACCUCGUUCUAUGUGUGAACAUCAUCAUUAUGGCCGUCAACAUUUUGAUAAGUUCAUUUGAAAUGAAAGAAUCCCAGGAUAUUGUCACUGGUACGACGUCAAAAGGACCUUCCUAGUUAGAAAGUCCAACCAAAUUCCACAUAAGUAUCUAUCUACCUAGAUGGAUUUUUACUAAAUUAUUUAUUAACUUUCUAAUUAAUUUCCUCAAGUACCUAUUUUUUGGGAGUGAUAAAUUAAACAAAAGUUAAUUUUAUACUGAUAGAAUAUAUAAAUAUAAUAAAAUAUUCCAAAGAUUUAUAAGAGAAACAAAAAUUAUAUGGAAUGUAUUAUUUUCUGUGCAUUCUUUAACGUAAUAUACUUAGACAGAUUAAUUUUUAUUUAUAAUUACAAUAUUUAAGAAAUUGUUUAUAUGUCCUCAUCUGAAAUAUACUUAUAUAUUUCGUUGCUUAUUAAGAGAACAUUAUUUUAAGAAAACAAU